UGUGCCGUGGCUGCCUCAGCUCCAAGAUGGCGCAGGCGAUAUUCGAGGCGCUGGAAGGAAUGGAUAAUCAGACAGUGCUAGCUGUUCAGUCCUUGUUAGAUGGCCAAGGAGGUGUUACAGAUCCAUCAUCACAGACAGUCAACACAUCUUCCUCCAUUCAGUCCAUGGAUGAUGAAGAUGUGUUUCUCUGCGGGAAAUGUAAGAAGCAGUUCAACUCGUUGCCAGCAUUCAUGACUCAUAAGCGGGAACAGUGUCAAGGCAGUGCCCCCUCACUGGCUACAGUCUCCCUGGCUACUAACAGUGUAUAUACCCCAUCCAUUACCUCAGUGCAACAGGCUCAGACCACCAAUCGUCAGAUCUCUACAUAUAUUACUGUCCCACCCUCUCCUUUGAUCCAGACACUAGUCCAAGGGAAUAUCUUAGUGAGUGAUGAGGUUUUGAUGUCAGCCAUGUCUGCAUUCACAACCCUGGAUCAGCCAAUGUCCACAGUACAACCCACUGUGCAGGUAAAUAUUUUUUCCCUGCCAUUUAAAACACACACAAGCUCUGACAAAUGUGACACCCUUGGAAUGCCAGGUCAGGCCAAUGCAGGUAGCAGUGGAGUGGCAGAAGUCUACAGUGCAUCAGCCUCCAUGCCUGUGAAUGGGACGGUAGAAAUACAGAAUUUGGGGAUGCAGCCCUACCCACCUUUGGAGGUGCCCAGCCAAUGCGUGGAAAGCCCAGUGUACCCCUCCCCUCCAGUAUAUAGUCCAAGCAAGCAAAGCUUUAAGUCUAAAAGUGCUAAUACUGCUACUUCCUUGAAUAAUACAUGCGGAGGAAAUUUGACCAAUUUUGAUUCUGCUUCCAAGAACCGUCGUUCCAAACCAGACAAUAACUUGCUUGAAGGAAAGCCCAAGUCACCAAAAUUGAAAUGUACAUACUGUGAUAAAGCCUUCACCAAGAAUUUUGAUCUGCAGCAACAUAUCAGGAGUCAUACCGGGGAGAAGCCAUUCCAGUGCAUUGUAUGUGGUCGGGCUUUUGCGCAAAAAUCCAAUGUGAAGAAGCACAUGCAGACACAUAAGGUGUGGCCACCAGGAAUUGGGUGUACCAUCUCUCGGAGUUCUGUCACUGUGCAAGUCAUGCAACUCAACCCCAACCAGCAGGAGGAUGAGGAAAAUGCAGGCUUAAACCAGGCUCCAAGAAGCAGUCCUCCACAGCCUGAAGCCAUGCCUCCUGGGGAAGAACAUGACGCUGCGAAGUUGGAAGCCAAGCAAGUGGUCUUGAUAGACAGUUCUUAUCAGUGCCAGUUCUGUCCUAGCAAGUUUAAUACAUAUUUCCAGCUAAAAUCACACAUGACUCAGCAUAAACAUGAACAGGUUUACAAAUGCGUUGUGAAAAGUUGUGCACAGACAUUUCAAAAGCUGGACUCCUUCUUAGAGCACAUCAAGAACCACCAGGAAGAGCUGAGCUAUCGCUGCCACCUCUGCAGCAAGGACUACCCUUCUUUAUAUGAAUUGGGUGUCCACCAAUAUUCCCACAGCUUGCUCCCUCAACACAGCCCCAAGAAGGACAUGGCAGUUUACAAAUGUGUCAAAUGUGUAAAUAAAUAUUCCACACCAGAAGCCCUGGAGCAUCACUUACAGACAGCAACACACAACUUCCCCUGUCCUCAUUGUCAGAAGGUGUUUCCCUGUGAGAGGUACUUGCGAAGGCAUCUCCCUACACAUGGAGGAGGAGGCAAAUUCAAGUGCCAGAUCUGCAAAAAAUUCUUCCGCCGAGAACACUACCUCAAACUACAUGCUCACAUUCAUUCAGGUGAAAAGCCUUUUAAAUGUUCAGUGUGCGACUCAGCCUUCAACAGGAAAGAUAAACUCAAACGGCAUAUGCUGAUCCAUGAGCCUUUCAAGAAAUAUAAAUGCCCAUUCUCAAAUCAUACAGGCUGCAGUAAGGAGUUCAACAGGCCGGACAAAUUGAAAGCUCAUAUUUUGUCCCAUUCAGGUAUGAAGAUCCACAAGUGCCAGUAUUGUAACAAAGCCUUCAGCCGGCGAGCUCACAUGAUAGAACAUCAACGUUCUCACACUGGCAACUAUAAGUACCGUUGUACUACAUGUAGCAAAGGUUUUACCCGCCAGAAGUACAUGAAGGACCACAAAUGUAGGCUGAACUCAUCAAAGGAUAAAGAGUUACCAGUCAGAAAAUCUCAGAAGAAGUGGGGGGCACGUGGGCGGAAAGUGGGACUUGCUCUUUCAGCUCAGUUGGCUUUGACAGAACUCAAAGACACUACAGGUGGAGAGAGCGCUCAAAAAAAUGGUCCUAAUAAAGAACAAUUUUCUGAACCUGACACUGUUCUAUCCAUUGUGGUUGGCAGGUCAGCAGCAAAUUCAGACAGUGGCAACUCUGGCCAGCGUACUGGCAUCUCAUCCAACCUUGCUCUGACAGAAUUGCAGCCUGGCUCAGAGAAUCCAUGUGCCAUGUUGGCAGUCCCUGUUUACAUCCAGGCUACUGACUAAUUGACUAAUGCCACUCUGUGUCCAUUUAGUAGGAGGGAAAGUUCCUGUGUUUACCGAUACAAAAGAACUGCUGCAGAGAGUGAGAAAUGAAUGGUGAUGUAUGUGCAUAAAUGUUUGGCUUCAAUGAUGCAAGAACAACAUUCUUAAAGAUACGUGUCAGAAAGUGAAGUUACUCCUCUCCUUAUCUGGAAGAAUUUAUCUGAAGAAGCUGUUGAAAACAAAUGGGGAUAGUUAUAUUCUUUUCAUUUAAAGAUACUCAGUGCUUAAAUAUUCACUCAAGUUCUUGAACUCAAAACCAGAAUCAAGAUCACUGCAACAUUUUUCACAUAUCUUUAUUUGAUUUAAUUUUAUUGUUUCUAGUAGACUCUAUUCAGGAGCACUUGCAGCAAACAGUGAUGACACCAGAGUGACAAAGUGUGCAAGAAGACGUUACUGUGCAAAUGUUGCCAUUCCAUACUUGCAUCCUGAUCUUUGACACAAGUAUGUAAGUUGUGGCAUUUGCAUGAUGAUGUCAUCACCCAUAUGUUGUUAUUUGGUCCCCUGUUCACUCUUAUGACCUCAUUUAUUGUUCUGUCCUAAAUUCUAUAUUGCCCUGUCCACUUUCAAGAUGAAAGUUUAUUCAUAAUGUGAUCCUUUGGGAACUUCACAAACUUUCUCAUAAAUGUAUCUUCUACCUUUUCCCUGUCUCAGGGUAUAUUGGAAAGGGAAAUUGUAUCCAGACACAGUAGACAAGUUGAAGCUCCAGCUUUCCCCCCGAACUUUCUCAGAUUUGCUGAUAAAGAGCAGCAGCUUUGGAAGGAAAGAUACCUGAGAAUAUGAUUUUGAAAUGUGGAAAUAUCACAGGCAUCUGGUUGCAAAGAGAAAUGGGAAACUUUCAAGAGUGGAGGAUAACUAAAUAUGCACAUGCUAAGAAAGAACUGGGAAAGGGAGAAUUAAGAAGGAAGGAAAGACCAGUGUGGACAGUAACAGUGUCCAUACUCUUUUCCAUCCAUCCCUAAUUGUUUGUAACACCACAGUUAUUCAUUAUGUUUAAGAAGAGAGUUUUCUAAGGCAGUGUUUCUCAACCUCAUGCUGGCUGGGGAAUUCUGGGAGUUGAAAUCCACCCAAAGUUGUUGAGGUUAAGAAACACUGCUCUAAGGUACAUCACCAGUGGGCUCAGAUUGACAAUUCACUUGUGGAGCCACUGUAGUUUGAUCUGCUUAUGCCUCAAGACCACUUAUUUGAUAGAGGGAAACAAUUAGUAGUGAAGGAUAGCCUCCUUCAUGAGGACCAUCUUCCUGAACCUGACUAAGUAGUUGCUCUGGGUUUAUAAAAGACCAACUGAUACAUUAAGAAGUAUGAAUGAUACUAAUUUAAUCAAUGAGAGUAUUGUAUUGGUACCAGUGGGCUACUUGUAGUACUGAUGUUACAUUUUAUGUUAUUUUUUUUCCAAGAUGUGCUGCAGUUAUCAUGCUAUCCAAAUCCAACUGUUCUUGAGUGUAUGCUAUCCAUAGGCUUCUGGGAAACAAAUGCAUUCUGAGAUACUACAGGUUGUUAAAUCAGUCAGAAUUUCUA